AGUGCUUCGCUGUGAUAAUAUUUUUGAUUGAGUUCUCUUCUGCAUAGCAAGCUAUAGUUGUACGACCUAUAAUUUUUUUCUACUACUCGUUCAAAAAAAAUUUACACCGCAUGUUUUUCUCCGUUUUACCACGAUUUUUCUUUUCCUUGGGAACCGACAUUUUGAUUGCAAGAUACUUAGCAACGUCAACGAUUUUCAACGCUCUCAUCUUUCAGGCUCUUGACUUUCGAUUUUCUGAAUCAAAGCAUUGACCGAAGCACCCCGGUUGACUAACAUGUCACCUUGUUCGUUGUAAAAACCAAAACGCGGAGAAUCGACAUGAUGGAGACGACCCUGAAUGCCCGACAGUCCUUGCGCCCUGAGCUGAGGUGUGUAGGCGACACCAAUCGAGCACGCCGACGCUGCUACGACGCAACGGCUACAGGGACAUCUCGCAGCUCCUCGAUGGUGGUUGCGAAGCGAGACCGCGACUGCAGUUCUUGGGGUUCUGUUGUAUCAAAAAGAACGACAAGAAGACUACUCGCUGUCGCUACGCUGAGCUGUGUUUCGAUCAUUAGUUCACAUACGAGCGCGAGUUCGAGCCUCUACUUCUAUGCCGCAGCGCUGCAAACAGGGGCUGAGGAGCACCAGGGGGGCAGCUUUGUAGGCUACGGCCAGCUCGUCAAUCAUGUGAUCAAUAAUUAUCCUGGCGCGCUGAGCAAGGCCGAACCGCGCGCCGCGGGACCGGCGUCCGGAAUCGGCUCGAUUCGCCCUCCCCCACCGACUCCGGCGGCUGGGCCGUUUCUUCUUACACACCCGCACGAACAGCCUCGCAUUGCGCCGUUCCAGCUCAAUGCGGCAUCGUCACUCGCUCGCACCUCCAGCAGCGGUGGAACUUAUGUGACAACCGGGGGGACGACCACAACUACAACACGCACACCUACUCCUACACCCCGAUUGAUUCCCCCCCGCCGAAAUAGCCUUGACACGACAAGAACACCUUUGGAGCAGGGUCGUGAAAGCUACCAUGCGACGAGCAGUAGCCAACAGCGUGAGGUGCUGGUCGACCACGACCAAGAUGAGACCCACAGCAGCGCUGGCACCACUCCCGCGCAGCCGUUGAGGAGAUUACCUCCAUCUUCGGCAUUGUCACCGACGCUACCACGCCCACCCGGGCCUGUUGUGCCUGUUUUUCCAACACCGGAUCGCCACAAUGUAGUUGUUACGGACGACGCAUUAUGGGCAGUGUUGACAGGCCCGAUUUCACACCGGCCUGGUACGAGUGCACCGGCCGAAAUGAACGCGCACCAACAGGGCCGCCACAUGAGAAACAGCCCGUUUUUCAGCAACUACCCUUCCCACCCGGCCGGGGCGCAAGUGACGGACGACGAGGCUGGUACUGUUCUAGUUCUCGUGAGCAUCGUGCUGAAGAGCAGACUGAUUAUCAUGGUCAAGUUCUUGCAGUACACAGAGAUAUAGUCAUCAUGUUGAAGGAAAGAGUCUAGCUUUAGAGGAGGCGAGAUAAAACAUGUUGCCAGCACAUGCCAAUGCCUCAGUACUUCAUCCCUAGACCCGCCACGGCGUCGCUUUCUCGGAUCUCGAUCUUCUUUUUAGGGCCACGCCACUAGGCUGUCAGCCCGCUGCUUCUGGACCAGGCCGCUCUUUGAUAUUUACUGUUCCUUGUUCCUGACCAGAGCACAGGAGCAGGUUGCUCCUCCUAAUUCUCGGCAACAAGACUUAUUAUAUCAUACAAGCGAAAGUAGGACCGUUUUUUUUUUUUUCAGGCUCCCGCUUUUCGGUCUCAUUCCAGGUACGAACGAUGCGGCGCUUUUCGGUCUUAACUCGUCGCAUGGGCGACAAAAUGGCGACACACUUACGAGAUUGCAGCGGAUAACGGGCGACCUGAUGCAGGGACGUCGCGGGCUCGGAUCCUCGACCACUACGGACCAUGAUUAUAAUGAUGAAAACUCCACGACUUCUGUGGUGGAGAGUCCUCCAGCACUGUCACCAGCGAACGUGAUUCCCAGUAGCAGCUCCAGCACUGUCGCCAGCACUCGCACUCCACAAGCACCAGCGGCACCACGCCACCGAGACCCACAGCAGCGAAGCCCGUCCAGCUUGAUACUCGAUACUGAGUUCGACCCCACGAGCUUUCGUGGGCAGCAGGACCGUCAACACAGAAGCGGCGCGGGCAGGAGAAGCCGGUGGAGCAGGCUGGCUUCGUCGACGAGAAGUAGGACCAAUUACGUUUCUCCCUUUGAAAUGUUUGAGGCACAUCUUCAAGCGGACGAAAGCGAUGAAGAUCAGCACGAUGAAGACAUUGAUAUCCUGCUGGAGGGCGGCGAUGAUUAUGAUGUAAUUCUUGGCCCCCCCGCGCCGUUGGAUGAUAUCCACGGAGAUGAAGGAGCUCCAUCGACCCCUCCGGGAUCCGGAACAUUCGCGCCCGUGACGCGGGGAGGUUGGAUCAGUCCGCCUCGCGCAGAGACAAGAAGAGCUACUUCAUCCUACGUCGAGCUGCACCAGCAGCAGCCACAGCGCGUUCUUGUAAGUCAACAGUUGUCGGAUGCGAUGCAAUUUUUACCCGAGGUCGGAGCCAGCACGAGUGAACGCACGGCAGCGACCACUUCGCGAGACGCCGACAUGAGCAGCUCUGCGGUCGGACAUGAUCAGCUUCGUGACCACCUGCUCAGCAGGCCGGGAAGUAGUAGCGACGCCGGCGCAAGAACUGCAACACAUAGUACACAACUACAACAGCUGGCUUCGGCGCCGCAAACACCGCCGCACCGAAUCAUCCGAGCAGGCGUCCUCGACUCGCCCCCUCCCGCACCGAAGCGACUACCACGCAGCUUGCGGCGUCAGCUCACACACACGGAAGACAGCCAAGAAGCCCGAAGCGUAAGAACUGGCGCUGCAGCAAGUACUCAUGGUAUGAUCUUCGGUGUGGGUGAUUCUCAGGCUGGUGGUGGAGUUGUAGUUGAAAAUACAGUUACAACUUCUACAGGAAGAGCAGGACAACUACCUUCCCGUUCCCCCACAAACCUCACCACACCUAGUACUGGAAGUACCACAGCAGCGAGCCCGCCGCUGACUCCGAUGCGUGACCAGGUUAUCGAGCGCGGCUGGUGGGAGUGGGACGGGCUUCAGCGUGACCAGAUUCAGAACCACCUCCCCCACAGCAGCACCAGUGAGGUUCAUCGUUUUUACCCGAGGAUGCUACAACCUACUCCCCGUGCUCCCCCACUGCCGCCGAGUGGUCUCCUGGCAGACUUCUUUGCGAACAACCCCUGGGACGCCGCGAAUGUUGUUGCACCAGGAGCAGGAGCUACGGAAAUCAGCAGGCGCCCCCCCUCGCUUAGCAGGGCUGCAGUGGCCCAAAUAGUGUCCCAGAUAUACUCUCGAACCACGCCGGGCAACCGCGACUCGUCGGAAGAAACUGAAAGUAUACAAGAGGAGACGCCACGCCCACCGAUACCUAACCAGCAAACGGAAACGACGGGCGGGCGGGCGGUGUCUACCACCCAUCUUCACAAUGCUCCGCACCAUGACAACAACGCAGAUCAUUCGCGCGCGCCCGAGCGCGAGUUGCUCCGUCGGCAACCUUUGAAGUUUGAACAGUACUUAGCGACGGAAUACGUCGGGCAGGAGGAAUGGGACCUUCCGGUGGCGGUGCGGAACCUUGUGCUGCAGGCGGACGAGGAUGCAGAAAAACAGUUCGAGGCGCUGCGCGGAAGUUUCUCUCGUCCGGAACAGACUCCCGAUGAAAAGACCGGCUCUACUGCCGUUGCGGUGCCCCCGAAGAGCUCCGGUGCCACUCUAACCUCUCGGCGAAUGCUGCAAGACUUGCUGCAGGCUGUGGCAGACGCUUCGGGAAGGAAAAAUCGGGCCCGGAGAAUGAUGACGAGGAGAAGUUUGCCUGCAGACGUUGCAGAGCAAGCUCCCUUGCGGCCUACUUUGAAAGUGACCUCAAAUGCUGGCGCCGCAGAGGUGCAUGACUCCAGCAGAACCACUAAGCGAAAACGGGAGGCCACAGACCAAGAAGCAGGUCGUGCUGACGAGAUGCAGCACGAUGCUAAACGCUGUAACUAUGGAGGAGGUGAUGCUGACAAUGGCAAUGGGAAAGCUGAAAUUACGGACCCCAGUGCCGGGAUAAGAACCCGGUCUGCUUUCAAAGGCCGCCCUGCUCCACUUGCCAAUAGUAGCAUCGCUCUUGUCUCCUCCGACGAGAAAGGACUGCCCCAGGAGGAAAUGAAAACGAAAUUUCCCAUGGAGUCCUGCAAUGUCUGCCUCGACGAUAUCGGGCGUUUCCGUUUCCGCGUGCUGCACGCGGCGGGUUUCGAAAAUCCCGAGGCGAGCCACAAUUUAAGUGAGUACUUCAAACGCAGUAAGACAAGGAUGAAGUCGGGCAGUGUCCGUUGCGGAGGUUCCUUCUGCCCCUGCGUGCUCAAGUGGAUGGUCACUUCCUCGGAAAAUUCAAAGUCGCCGACCUGCCCAUGCUGCCGUCAGGAAGGGUGGACCAUGCAGAGUGCAGCCAAAACGCCGACGGAGUACUUGCUGGAAGGACUAUCUUCCUCGCAACCCACUUGGGAAAAAGGGGAAGACCACGCGGAAGACGAGGAGGCUUGGUUUUCUUGCGAGGAGCCUGAGGCUGAGGCUUGCCGGUACUGCUCGAGAGGCAGUUCUGCUCGAGAGAGGCUUGCCGGUACUGCUUCGGGAGCAAAUCACUCCUCUGGGAACUACGAGCUCCAAUCGGCGUCGUCUUCUGGCACUGCAGUCCGUUUCGAUGGUAUGAUGAACUCUAGCAGCGCUGUAGCAUUGUCAAGUGCACCUACUUCCUCAGCUUCCUCCGGAGCAAGAAGUUAUGCGCAUGAGCCUGCUCAGCCGAUCGCCGCCCCGUCCGCGAGGUCUCUUACCUUCGCGGAGCCAGUAGCGCGAGUGAGCAGAACGGUGGGGACGCAGACACCACCCGCGGUGGCGGCAGCAGCAGCGGCUUCGGCGCCACCGCGCAGAGGCAUUUUGAGGCGAAACACAGACACAGGCCGUGACCACCCGGAGCUGGGCGGGGCGGCAGCAGGCGUAGUAACGAGCAAUCAAAGAGAGAAUGAGCGAGGACAUCACACCAGUAGAGCUCCUACUCCGACGCGGUCAUCACGCGAUCGGAGUAGAAGCAACCCGCGUCGCGGAGGUAGAAGCGCGUUGAGCCGCACAAGCAGCACGCACAUAGACGACCUAUCUAGACGAGAAUAUGAUCCUCGGGGUGAAUACAGCCACACAAGUCUCAUGGAGGAAGCUAAUGCGCCGGGCCGUGACGAUGUUGUUGACCGAAAUCAAGGCCGUUUUUCGACAACGACGCGUGAUAUGGCUGAUGCCGCACCGAUCGCUUCUACUGACUUGCAGUUGCAUCCUGUCCAAGUCCAACCGGUGCGCCGUACGAGGAGCGGUAUACCGAUAGGAGUUGCAAGAGAGGCAAAAACUUCCGGCCGCAAGGAGAUGGAGCAGCACGCGCGAGGCGCUAAGAGGUCGGCGAGCGGCACGAAACACGGUGGUAAGGUUUGUAGACGCGGACCGGUCUACGAUCCGGAGACAAAAACGCUGACACUUCCGCUUCUCCGGAACAAGAAGCAGAUGCUCGCACACUGGAAGGUUCUGUGGGCGACGAGGGGAAAGGAGAUGGCGCAGGCUGUGAUGGCGGGGAGGAACAAAAGGCAGAAAAGGUCGGGUGGUGCUUUCGUCGCGCCGGGGCCCCCGAGCACGUCGACGUCCAUGCAGCAGCAUUCCAUCGGUAGGGACAGCGAGCACCAUCGUCAAGAACAAGAUCAUCAUCGGCGUCAGGACCAGGAGGUGGUCUUCGACAGAACUUUUCCACACAUCGAAGAACUUUUCCACACAUCGACGUCGCACCAGCAGAUCUACGCACCACGAAGUGGAGUACAAAUUGUACCGUCGUCGACAGAUUCCGCACCGAUGCUGCAGCGACUAAGCGAGUUAGAAGUGCAAGAAGUGGCCGAGAUGAACAAUGCGCGAGGAGGUCGUGGCCCGCCGACGCAGCGGUCUCUUUCGAGAUUGCAGCAGCUAACACGCACAGCGGCGGACGUUGAUCGCGAACUCGUAUUGUGGGAAGAUGAAGUUGUGGCAACGGAGCAGCCUGGUCGUGGAGGCAUCGUCCAGGAGCAAAGUAGUUUUUACGGAACUCCACCCUCUAGCUCCUCUUCGUCCUCCUCCUCGUCGGGAUCGAUCACAAACUUCUCAGACAGUACUAGACGCAGCUAUCCAGCAGCAGCGACGUCGUCCUUUUCCGCUAUCACUGGGGGACCAGGAGUAGAAGAUACUACUACGCAAGGUCUCCUGGCGCCGGAAAGUAUUAGUGUUGGACCGCCUAGUACACGACCGCCGCAAGAGCGACCCGCUCACGAUCAACGAGAUCUCCAGCACGCCCAGAGCCAACAACAGCAACUGCAACACCUUCGGCAGCAGCAGCAACGACUCCGGCAGCAGCACCCACAACAACAGCAGCAAGGCCACGCGCAGCUGCGGCAAGUGCCGAGCCCCGAAGCGAUUCGCGCAAAGGAGCAGAAGAAAAAAGACGACGGUUUGCUCGAAUUGCUGUUCCAAGACGAGGGCUUUUUCGAAUAUGUGCUGUCAACAGCCGAGGAGGAGAAUUUCAUCGAGUACCGGCGUUUUGACCUCGUGGGCUGGGACCUGAUUGUGGAGAUCGAGGAUCUGGCGACCAAGCAGGUCAAGUGGGUAAGUCUGAAGGAACUCCUGGUCGCGAUCUCUCACGUCGAGGAAAAGUUUAUCAGCCAACUGUUGUUGGGAUUUGGAACUGACUGCGAUGGCGGCCGCUCCUACGGCGGCUAUCCCCCGGAAAGCAAUUCUGUGUACGACCAGAUCUACUACGGGCUGCACGACGAGGAUUUGACUGAGCCUGAAAUUUCUCCUUUUCCUGACCCCAUGGCGGCGGCAGAGCGACACGAAAUUUUUAUCUCUUCGACUGAUGCGAAGAAAGAACAAGUGCAGAGUCUUAAAAAAGAUGUCGCCCUUCAGAACGGUGGUCCUGCUCUUGAAGGCAGGAAACAUCAAGCCGAAGUAGAGGAGGACGUCACACGAGCGGCUUCUGCGAUGUCGGAAGAAGUAGAUGAGUCGCCGUUUACUCUUCACAGCUUGAAAAUGCAGAAGAACCUACAGCUUUACGAGUUGCAGAAACGGAAAGACAAGAUGCAAGUGCUGAAGUACAUGGUGCUGAUGGGCGGGAAGGAAAAAUUAGAAUUCGUGCUAGAGAAAGUGUUCCACGACCAAAAUUUUGGCCAGGAAAUUGGAGUUGAAGAGGAGAAAACGGAAGAGACCAUCGCGGAGGCGAAUUAUACAUUGCAAAAAUUAUGUCUGGGUCUGGAAGGAUGCAACUUGUAAUGCUAUUUUUGGAUUCUAAAAAAAUCUGUGUUGCGUGACAGGCAAUUGGAGUCCAGUUUUUGCCACAUGGAGAGGGCAUUUCUCAUGCAGGAUAUGGAUAUGCAUUACGAAGCACUCAGAAUAUCUGUGAUGCUAGGGCAUACAUCACAGACGUCAUGGGUCAUGUCAGGCGUGCAUGACAAAUCUUCCAAUUUUCCAGACCCAGACAUUUUUGCAUUUGAUACGAAUGGUGUCCAGGCGAAACGGGACAAAAUCGAGUCCUGGCACGUGUACGAUAAAGAAGGAAAAAUCGCAAAACGGAUCAUAGCUACACUUUCGGAACUGCCGAAUAGAGUUCUUGAGGCGGAGCAAGACCAACGGAUGAAUAAUUAUUACAGUCGUGGUGGGGCCUACUACUCUGGUGCUCGGGCUCGCAACGCUAGAGCAGGUGGGCCUCCUGGCAGAGCAAGACGAGAAAGAUCCGGGGCCUUUGAUACCACAGCAGCCUCGGCAUCAUCUUCGGGUGCGGCGUCCAGUACAAGUCCAAACAGCGCCGCGAACCCUCGUAUCAACCCCGUCGGGACGUCGUCGGGAAGCACAAGUUUAGUACAUUCUUCGUCUGGAAGUGGAAGAUUGGAAGCACAACUGCGACAGGAGCGGUACGCCCUUAGUCGGGAAGCAGAACGGCGGCUGGCGCGCUCUCUGCGUGACGUUGACUGA